CACAGCGAUGGUCCAUCCUCACGGCUAGCCUGGCCCCUCACGCCACGCAGAGACGGAUCUGAUCGGAAUGGAUAGAUGUAUACGGUCAGCCAAAACGGUCAGAUAGCGAGCGGGCCAGAAGGAAAAAGUAGGCAGACAGACAGAUGACUUCUGUGCGGGCGGCGCGCGGACAAAAAUCUGUCCCGGCUAUCUGACGCCCCCGCCCCCAGGGCGGCACACACGGAGUCAGCGAGAAUGAAAGCAAAACAGACGGACGGACGGACGGAGGGACAGGCGUGAUGGCAGUCGGUAAGCCGCACGUGGGGGGGACAUUUGUAUGCAUGCAUGUGAAUGGUCGUCACUCAGUAAGUAGCCAGUAGUAGGUAAGUUAGUAGAAGGGGUCGUCGUCGUACGGGGGAGGGGGAGCGGGGGGCACGCCACCGCCCGCUGCGCCAGGGCCACCCGGGGGGGCACCACCGCCACCGCCCAUACCUGACAGACACGUAUCAACACCCAUACACACAUCACAAUUCAUGCACACCAUGAUCAUGAUGUGUCUGUGUGGGUAUCCUAUCCUCGUCUCGUCUGUGUGUGUGUGUGUGGGUACCGAGCAGCCCUCCCAAAAAGUAGUUGGCGCCAAACAUGUUGCCGUAUCCGUAGCCGUCCAGAAACCCCUGCGCCAGUCCCACCGGUCCGUCCUGCUGCGGCGGGGGCGGGGGCGCCUGGUCGCGGUCAGCCACCUGCACCGAAAACGAACGCGCCGGCCUGCACACACACACACACGAUGAUGCAGCGUACGAAGAUAUUCCCUUGCUCUCGUCCGUUGUCACCGUUUCUUGGCCUUGGCUUUGCCCCGGCCCUUCCUGGGCGGUGGCUUGUACUGCGGGUUGGGCGACGCGCGGAUGUUGUUGACCUUGACGCGACACACGGCUGAUGAACCAACCAACCACACGCAUACACGUGGAUCCGUGCGUGUGUUGUGGUGUGGUGUGCUGUGUGUGUCGGGAUGUGUGCGUACGGCAUGAGUUCUCCUUGGCGUGAGUCCACUCCCGCACGCAGCUGUAGCAGAAGGUGUGCUCACAAUGGAGGUGAGCCUGCACACACACACACACACAUAUCAGGACAGGGGAGAGCAACAACACGGCUUGCAAUGGUGCGUACACCUGCCCUCCCUGUCUCUGUUAGAAGUGUCGCAGUGUCUCUCUGCCGAUGUGUGUGUGACCAAGAGCCUCGCUGCCGUGCCCUUUUCCCCUCCUACCGUGUACUGGUUGGUCUCGCGAUAGAUGUCCUCUAGGCAGAUGGAACACUCGAGCUGUGGCAGAGAAACCUCCUCCUCCUUGUCCACACCCUCCCCGCCCUCAGCUGCAGCUGCUGCACCCGCCGCCUUGCUGCGACCCUUCGCCUUGGCCUUGGCGCCUCCACGCUUCCUCGGCUUGGUUAUCUCCUUCUUGGGCACAUCAUCGGCCGUUGCGGCAGCCGCAGCCGCCUCCCUGGCUUGCCUACGCUUCCCUGCCGCUGCCGCAGGGCCAUCGCCGCGAGUGUUGUCACCCACAACCAUCAGCGACACAGCGGCAAGGGAAGGGGACGGGAGGGGUCGAAGGAGUGAACGGAACAACUCUUUGCAGUGCACAAUCACGCCCUGCGGCAAGGGGGAGAGCCGUGCAGGGCGGAGAAUGCGAUUUUCGACUGGGG